GGAGGGAGGGAAAUUACUUUGCAGCCAGAUGAAUUUCGUGGUCUAUCUUCCUGUGCAGCUGCAUGAAUGCCACUACUAACACAAGGAGGGGAACAAAGUAACUGCUAAAUUAAAAUGUUUGUGGACUGCUGUCUUUAGAUAGGAAAAAAUAAGCAGGAUUAUUUUUUAAAUAUUACUAUUUUAAUAUUACUGGCUCUAUAUUUUGAUGCACUAUAGGCUAGGACCAUAUGUCUGUAAUAAUUUUCACUCUUGAUAUGUAGAGUAGUCAUCAGGCAUGUUUUGUGGCUUCUCCAUGUAUGUCAACUGUGGUAUUCAUUGUUUACUAGAGGAAAUACAUUUAUUGGUCGAAAAACAUAACUUGACUUUGCACCACAAUAGCCUUAGCAUGAAUGAUUAUGCUGCAUUUGCUUGAUGGCGUUAGUGCUUCUUAAACACGUUAUUCUAAGAUGUUUUAUCCAAUUCUUACUGUUGCAACUCCGCCGUUUGUAAAGGGUGAGGAUGCUGAGUAACUCUGUGGUCUGUGCUGGCCCAGUGGCUGUGGCUUCUGAUCUUGCCAUUACUUUUUCUAUGUAUUUUUUUUCAGUUUCUGUCUAUGAAUUUACCCAGCACUACGCUGGAGAGUCUGUUUUACAAAGUGAUUUACAUUAACAUGGAAUUGGUAUGCUAUAUUAAUGUUGCUAUUAUAGAAAUCCUGUUGUAGAAUUCUGAUUGAUCUUUAAUCAAUGACCUGCAUAUCAAAAGUAAAUAAUGAGUGACUCUGGUGUAUAUUUAUUUUAAUUCUGUAAACAUAAUCUUAGUAGCUUGGUCAUAAAAUUCCUGAAGCAGACAAUUGCUUCAAAUAUAGCUUAUGCUAAAGUGAAUAUAUUCCUCAUAAAUGUGUCUCUGUUAUAAAUUACCAGCUUCAGGUAGAUGUAGUGAAAUGCUUAAAUCCAUUCUGUUCCUGUAUUUUCUUAGUUUAUUAAGACAGUAUGACUUCAGUGGAUGUGGAGGCAGUAGGGGAAAAGUCUUGAAUGCAUGUGAAUAAACAGGUUUCCAGACAGGAUACAGUGUUUUCUUUGCUUGUAAUAUGUAUUUUGAAGUAUUAAUUCACAAAGUACUUAACUCUGUAAAUUCAGUUAGUGUUUUAUAUGCAAGAUUCUUCUUGACUUUAAGCCUUUAUACACAGAAUUCACUCAGUUUACAUCUAUCUCUGCAUAAAUACCAAUAAUGCUUUAAUUUAUGGGUGUUUGCUGUUGGGCUUUGUUUCAAUGAGUUCCAUCCAAAAGGAAUCAGAGCCUUCUAUUCUUGCAGAAAUGAAUAAGCCACGAGGUGAAUUUUCAUACAACCCGUUUCAAACCUGGAGUUCUCAGGGUAUAAUUUAGAUGUUGCAUUGGUGGUUUAUGACCAUAUAAAGUGGAGGUAGGAGGUUAGAUGGAUGUACUUGUAAAUGGCUGGGAGCAAGGAGGUUGAGUGUGGUCUCCAGCAGUGCCUAUUUCAGCUCACAGUUUCACAUCUCUAACCUAAGGCACUACAUGUUACUAAUUCUCCAAAAGCCAAAGAUUUGUUUUACAGAAGAAAAUUCUGAUUUGAUUAAGAUAUUGCUUCAAGACCUAAUGUUCCUUUAGCAAAUCAUGCCGUGACUGAAAACCUACAUGACUGGGAAUAAACUGCAUGUUAUCUGAGAAAGAGCGAAAGUGCCUCAUGAUUUGGAAUGAUCCUGCAGAAGCAGCGUUUAGUGUAAUGACAGUACACUUAGAUUAAUUAUAGCACUGCUUGCAGGCGCCACUAUAUACUUACUGUUGUGUCAGCACUUUUGCUGUUAACCCUGUGGUGCAAAAGUUUAUAAUUUGGCUCUAAAAAAGGAGUAAAUUUUCUGGCUUGCAUUCGGGCUUUGUGCUCCAUGCGCAGAAUCAACUUUUACUUAGGGCCUGGAUUUUAUUCUUAACCUUACAAUCACUUCUACAGCUAUAUACUUUGAAUCUGUUUAAUAUCGUGUAUGUUUUCUGCCAUGCCAUAUUUUGAUGGAAAAUUUAAUUUCAGUAAAUACCUAAACUGUCUUAUGAUCACUUCAAAUGGUCUGAAGUAAAGUAGGGAGACAUUUGACCUUGAAAAUUAAGGUGCAUGUAUGAAGCUACUGUUUUUCUACUCAGUACAUGAGAUAAAUUUGGCUUAAUGUAUACUUAUAUGAUUAGCUACAACGGCUCUGAAGGAUUGUUGUGAUCUUCAGUAAGCCUUGAACAUGGCUUAAAAGGCUGUUUACAAAAAUUUGGAAAUACUUUAAAGCAGCUAUUAUAAUGAGUUGUGUAAACGCUACAGGGUGAUUUUUAAAACUAAACAUUCGAAAUAUACUAUAGUCAUAGAAACAACAGCGAAAUUAAGUAACUUCUUGACUAAGUCAUCAGAGUGCUCUUCAUCCUAAUUUUACUGUUGAUGAGACAGUAAUAAAGGCUGAGCAAAUAAACUUACUUUUACCUGGAACAUCUCAUCCUGCAAACACAGGAAUCUCUGCACAUUUUUCUAGCAGUUCUUAGUCUCUUAUCCUCUCCUUUCUAAUUUCCAUUCUUAGAUUGUAUUUUACUUUUUUUCUGAGUAGUGAUGGCAAGUGGAUUUUAUCAAGAACAAAUGAUGCCAUAAAUCAGGACCAAAAUCAAUGAUGCUGUGGGGCUGUAAUAGUGAGAUGCGGUUAUGUGGGCCUGAGCAUUUUACCUGCCUCUGAAGCCAAGAGCGAGGCCCUGGGUACUGUUCCAACCCUUGGCUUCUGAUUUACUGGCAAGUAUAUAUAUUAAAGUAUAUAUAUAUACAGCUGUUCUGUCUCAGUCUGAGUGGAGAUAUCAAUAUUAAACUCCUGUUUUAAUAUGCCUUUCCUUAUAAUGCAAACAGUAAAAAGCAAGUGGGCAUUCAUAUUCAAGUAGAGUUGCAUAAGAAUUCAGGAGACACUUAAUCCCUCCACCCUUAAUACUACAGGAGCAGGAUUUAUGACCGGCAGGACUGCUUGAGAUGUCUGGCAGCAUAUUGGUGUCCUUAUUUUUCUUUCAAGCAUGUGUCCUGUAGGUGCAAAGGAUACUGGGUGUUCAAAUAGCAGGACUGGUUCCUUCUAUUGGAGGAAGGCUGAUUUGCCCAAAGCAAUAGAAUCCUUAACAUCGCGACUGACCAUUUCUGGCUGUAGUUACUGCUCUUCUCUGUGAUAGGUGGUAGUAUAAACAAGGAAUGAUUUGUGCUGCUGGAAUAAGGCCAUGUGUGUUAUGCCAAAUAUAAAAUGAGAGGGCUGAUAUGAGUGCCUCUUGGACAUGUCUUUCAUUACCCUUUACGCUUCUCUUUCCUAAUAGAAUUUGGAAGAACCAAACACAUGCUGUAUGCAGGGUUUAUUAGAGUGCUUUGCCUCGGGCCCUUAACUCCUUUAGCUGGUCGUUACCUGACCAGUAAAGACCUCUAAAUGGGUCAUUAAUGCUUUAAGUAAUAAACUGUUUCACAAGACUGUCUAGUACAAAACCUCUUCUAUCAUUUUUACAGUUACUGUUUUAUAGAUAAAUCAAUGACCAACAACUGGAUAUUCUUGUUUUGCUACAUAAUCUCGUCAUAGCAGCCGCGGCAAAUAGGCUGUGGGUUCAAUACACUGUGUUCAGGAGAAUUGGAGAUGGCCACACAAGUGGGACCUGGGGUUAUAGGCAGGGUAAACAAGGAAUAAGGUGAAAAUGAAGACACAUUCUAUUGUUAGCAAAAUAAAGAAUAUCUACUUGUAAAGGGUGUUGGUGUUUGUUAUGUUUUUUGUUUGCUUGCUUAGUUUUGUUUUUUGUUUUGGUUUUACUUAGGUUUGGGUUUGUUUGUUCCUUUAUAGAAACUGUAUGAUUUCAGUAAGGUGGCUUUUUCCCCACUGUUGUAUUAGGGACAAGUAAGCCUCAGUAUAGUCUAAUGUUGGCCAAGAUUUCCUACUUUCACAGAGCUUUUCUGAACUAACAAUUACUUAAAUCAUUAAGACCUGCACUCCUUUAUACCAUACAUCAGUUGACUUUGAGUUUGGCAUGUGUUAAAUGUUUUCUAGAUAUGACAGUAAAAGUCAUCUUUGGCACACAUUUUUUCUCCAGGUUCUUGAUGUGAAAUUUUCAGGCCCCCCAUUUAACAAACCUAUCUCUUAAAGUAGGUUUCUGUGCAUGAAGCUGUACAGAGCUCUUUCUCCCUAGAGAGACAGAGAGAAAAAAUGCAUAGUAGGUACCAUACAAUUUUUAGGCAGAUCACCAGGCAUUCAGUAUUUCCAUCCUUGUUAAUAUCAGUGUAUCAUUGAUUGACUGCUGAGCGCUGGAAUAAGCAAUCCAGUCAUAUACAUCUUUUCUCAUGUGAGGAGUGCCUGUCUGUGCUGGGACUGAGCGGGUGGUUUUGACUUCUGCAUUUAUUUUUUUUAUGAUUAUAAUGCUUGAACAUUCCGAAGUGAAAUGAAAUUUGGUGCUGAAAAUGGUUCUUUUGUAGACACACAAUAUUUUUAAUGAUAAAAUGGAAUUAAAACCUCUGCAAAUUGAUGACUUCUAGUGUGAUUAGUGCCCACAGAGCAAACACUUGGUAAUUAUUUUUCUAAGAAAUUGAGAAUGUGUUAGUUAUGGGACAAGUUAUCUCUGACAAUGUAAAACAAUUAAUACUGAACAGCUGUUUUAAUGAUGGGACGAACUGUUCUGCAAAAAAUAUAACAUUGAUGUGUUUUUCUGUUCAGUUCUUCCAAGCUGAAGUAGGAGUUUUGCAUUUGGAGCUGCCAUCUUGGGUCUAACAAGAAGAAAGAUUAAAAAAAUAUGAGAAAAUAGUUAUUGAAUGAAACAAUACAAUAAGUGGGUUUUUUUCUUUUCUUUUUCUUUUUGAGGAAAAAUAAAAAGCUUUUUGGAGUAAAAGCCUUAACCAGACCCAGCAAGGAGUUUGAGGUGACUUCAGUACUGCACUUUGUGUUACAUCCUCAAAGAUGUUGCUGAAAGUCCUAAUAUUGUAUCCAGUGGUACAAGAAUUGUAUGCUGACUUAGAGCUUAACUAGGGAUGAGCCUGACACAGCACUUCAUUCAGUUUACAACUCCCAUAAUAUUCCUAGCAGCUGCAGAAGGAUUUCAAUUUGUUUAAAGCAAAAAUGCACCAAGGCUCACAUAGUAUUAGGAAACAAAUAACGCUUCACAGAUUGCAACUCCACGGUUGUCCCGUUCGCGUCUUUGCUGCUGAGCAGACGGGGCUGAUGCUGUAGCAGCCGUCGCAAAACCAGAGUUGGUACUGGGUGCCUCCUUCAGCCUCAUUGACAGAAGCUGUCCCGGGUGUCACUUUACUGUGUUAGGAUGACAUCAGGAAUCGGUUUGGUCCCAUCUGCAGUUGCCUAAUAUAAUCAACCUCUAUUCCGUUUAGUUCAACUUGAUACAUACCGUAAGUUCUUUGUGUGUGCAUGAAUAUUAAACUUUCCAAGUAAAUGUGAGUAAAUAUGAGUUCACUAUAAAGGAAAGUUAUUUAUGUGCACUGCAAAUGAGUGUUAUUGUUUUUUAUAAAAAAGCAUUAUAUUGCCUCAUCAUGGUAUGAAUAAUGAUCAUUGCUUCCUUUUUCUCUGAUAGGAGAGAACAGUAAUUUCAAAUAACGUCUUUGUAUUGCUGCUUUCUCUUCUGCCUAGUGUAGUCUCUGUUAGUCAAUUUGCUGUAAAGAUUUUUCUUCUCUAAUUUUUUCAAGUCAAACCUCUGCUAGGGAAUUUUUUCAUGGCUCAACAGCUCUUAGUUUUCCUUUAUUUUUUUUUAUAGGACUGAGUACAAGUAUAUUUGCCUAGUGAUUACAACAAGGCAGAUGCAAUAUUUACAAGCCUUAGCAAUUCCUGUGCCAAUGCCGUCUCCAGAGAAGGGCACGAUAACAAAGCAAGCAAACAUCACAGUUAUCUAAAUAAUAAGAAGUUGCAGGCAUUGGGAGGGGUGACUCACAGUGUGGAUGGGAACCCUGGAGUUUUAGAGUAAUUUAUGGGGAUGCUGAGGAGAUGGAUUUGGUUUAAAUACAGUAACUGCUGAAAUAUUUCGAAGUUAAAAAGUCAGCUAGUGGUUAAGUAAAUAUCCUCUUGACCCCUUUUAACUCUUGUGAUGUACCGUUGUUUUAAAGUAUUUACUUUGAAAUGCUUGAGUCAUAAAAUGACCCAGGAGAGAUGAAUUGACCACAGAUAGUUAAUGCAUAGGAUUGAGUUACUUAAAACUUAAGCUCCAUGCCCGUUUGUUAUCUAAUCUAUUGUUCUUUAAUUGCGUGAAUGAGGUUGUAAAUUGGAGGGCUGUGGAGUCUAAAAAAUUAAAAACAACAACAAAAAAAAUUCAUACAGUACUGCAAAAAGCAUUAGGGGGAAAAAAAUUUAGAGAACAGAGAUUCCUUCUUGUUUCUAUAGAAACCAAUAGUGAUCAGGAGGGGAGAGGAUUUCUUUCAAGUGCACGUUUUAGUGAGGCCAGCUCAGCACACUGGAGGGCCGGUGGUAAAAAAAAAAAAAGCCACACACACACAAAAAAGCAAACCAUUAAAAAACCCUCUAGUGGCUUGAGAUGUGGUGUUGAUGGCCCUGCGAUACCAGCUGGAACGAGGGUAUCGCAUCCCUGUGAGGCUGGUUGGUGCUGUGGGCAAGGGGAGCUCUUUGCUCUGCGCCCCUGGGAGCGCAGCCUGGCAUGGGCUCCGCAGCCCAGCAUCACCGAGCAUCCCUGAGACCAGGAAACCGGCCGCCAUGGGGAUUUGCAUGAAUUGGAUGGCAAAAAGGGAGAGAGGACAAAAAAAGGGGAAAAUACUGAAGAGGUGUGCUGUCCUGUGUCAAAAUUAACUAUGCUAAUUGCUUUGAGGCAAUAAUCUCCUUUGGUUUUUUCAUGACAGAAUCAUAGCCACUGAAAUGCUGUGUGUCAAAAUGAUUACAGCUGGGACUCAAUGACUUGGCUUUUGAAUCAUGAUCUUCUUGCUAGUAUACUAUAUAAUACAUAAUCCCCUCCACAGCAGAAUUAUAUUCUUAAUUAUGUUCUGUUUUCCUAGUAUCACCUAAGUGUUGCCAUCAAGAAAACAGUUGAAAACCAAAUUCUAAAGCAAGUCUUAAUACUGUACCUUUAAAAUAAUUGCAGGAUUCCUCUAAAUGAAGUUCAGGUCAAAUGCAAUGUCAAAAAUAAGGCAGUUUCAAUUUGCUGCAACCUGGCAGGUCCAAGAGAAGUGACUGAGGAAUAUCUAGUAGGUGGCAAAGACACCUCUGUUUGACAUUUAUUUUCGCAUGUAAACAAUAGAGCACUGUAUAUUGGCAUCUGAAUGUAUUAGCUGGUGGUGAUCCAAACCCUGGUAUGAAUUUAGAUGGUUUUCCUUUCUGUUUAUAAAUACAUUGUCUUGAUAACAAGGGAACAUUUACUGCAAUCUUGCUCUGCAGUUGUCAGAGCAGAAUGAAUCAUUUUGAAACAUAAGCCUCCUCAGAUCUCAAAAAUAUAAAGAAAAACAUAAAACAUAAGGGAAAAGGAUUAUAAAAUACAAAUAAAAAAGGUUCUUAACAUAUUUAGAGGCCUAUGGGCUGUAAACACUGUAGAUUAUCAUUAAUGAAACUCUCUGCCAAGUACACAAACCACAGUUCGGUAGCAGCUGUUAAGCAAGCAUUGUUCAAAGCUGGAUAAUCCCUUGAACAUUAUACAUCAUUCCUCUGUACCUCUUCCUAUUAGUGAUCAGAUAAUUGCCUUGCAUUUUCUGUUACACAUUUUUCUUUUAAAAAUCAGUUUUAUUCCUCUUUAUGUUGAAAAGCUUUAUCUUGCAAUAAUCACUUGGCAAAAAUCCCACAGAGGUCAACAGGCAGGGCUGCGGGCUCCUUUAUAUUCUGGAAAUCCUGUGUAGUACAAUUCAGUCCUGUGGUGUUACUUUGGCUUUGCAAGAGUAAAAUGGAGAAGAAUUCCACUCUACAAACAAGGUGCUUUAAUUGUAUUUUAACUUAGUUAUGUUUUUUCUUAUAAAAUGGACUCUUCUAAAUAAUUUGGGAAUUAAUUAAAAAUAAUUUCUGCCUCUACUUUUUUUUUUUACUUUAAAAAUAUGUAUGCUGCUACCUGUUGAGAGGAGCAGAAGGUAUGGGGCUUUGAUUCCAUGUGUCCAAGAGUUCAGACCUCAUAGGAAGUCUUCCCAGGAGAUGAUACACAAGUAUCUUGCAGAAAGAAAUUUGGAAAUGACGGCAACUAUUUUUUUCCAGCACCAGAAUAUCCUUAAGUCAUAACAUAGAAAUAGUGAGCCCCAUAGCCCUGGUAAUUGUGAGUUCCCUUGAGCUCCAUUGGCUAUUAGGGUUGAAGUGAGAGAGUAGCUUAUCUUGCACUUCUGGAAUUUCUCAUAACCCUACAACAAAGCACUAUUGAUUUUUCUCAGCCAGGCAGGAGGGAUUGAAGAAGGUCAUAUGUAAAUGUGCCAGGUUUGCUAAACGGCUGGACCAAAUAUUAUUGAGUCUAGAACCUCACCUAUGCUAAGUGAAUCCAUUUGAUAACCCCUGGAUUAUGCAUCUGCUGUUUCCUCUCAAUUAGCACAUUGCGUCUCUACACUGGAGAGUUUAGCCUGACAAUACUUACUGACACGGACCAUUCAGUUUAAAACCACCGCAUCUUUUUGAUGGGCACUGGCUUCACAAGCUCUUGGCAUCAGCUCUCUUUGUCUAAGAUCUGGUUCCAGUCCCAAAAAUCAAAGCAGAUGGAGAUGUAAUUCAGAGAAGAGAAAGUAUGAUUCAUCCUUAAACCUACAGGGUUGCAGCGACUGUGUCUGUCUAGUACUUAGAAUUAUUUUACAUCACAUGGUAUAAGCGGAGGCUUGAGAGAUGGUGUCACACCCCCCCCCAUGGGCAAGGCAUAAUGGAUAUUUUCUACCUAAUGUAUCUCUGUACACAUAUAAGAAGAAGGAAUUGCUUUUUUUUAAGAAAAAGGCAACAUUUUGUUUUCAAGACAAUCUAAUGCUUUCUGUUCAUUGCAGGAGCAAUAUUAUUAAGUGCCAGUCAGCAGGAAAAAAUAGAAAAAGGAUGGUCUGAAAGACAAAAAAAGAAGUAUUUUGCCCCCAUUUUCCAAAAAAAUAAAUUACCAAUGAAGCAGGAGCUGUCUUUAGGCAAGGUUUCAGGAGGCACAUUAGAUAGAAAACUAUUUCUUUGUUCUAGUGAGAGGCUGUUUUCAUUGAAGACAGGAAUUUAGGAGUAUUUCUGAGGGGAAAAAGGUCUUGCAGCAAAACUGCAAAUUGGGCAGCACUGUGCAUAAAGCAGCUAACUCACUGAUCCUCCUAGCAAAGUAAUACCAAUUAAAAAGCCAUCCAUAACCAACCAAGUACAAAUGUACUCAGUUGCUGAAAGGCAGACAUGUAUGGAACAAUAUUAUUAUUCUAAAGUGCAACUAAAAGGUUUGGCGAAAGCAUUCCUAGUUGCUUUGUUUUAAGAAACCCCACUCUGUGCAGUGGGGUUCUAGCAUAUGCAUUAAUUUCUAGCAUAUUCUAGGAAAAAAAAGUUCUGCAGAGAUUCUGACUUUUGGAUGAAUUUGCUGGCAUCAGGGUGCUAAUAUUUUUUUCCAACAAAGCACUUUGACCUCUGUAAGAAGGUUGUGACAGUAGCAGGUUCUAUGCCCUGUUUGGGGCUUCCUGCAGUGAUCCUGGGCUUCAGAUUGAAAGGUUUUCUUGCCCUUAAUCAUCUUUACAGUUGCAUAAAACUCUUGUAUUGUCUUGUCAGUUGUGUGUCGGUUUGGAUUUGCAUUUCUUUAGCAUUCAGAAUGGGUCAGAAUCUGCCAAACUGAGCAACACCUUUACCCAGAAGGGCUAAACAGCUGUGAUUAACUCCACAUUUGUAAGAGAGUUUAGUGUGCUAGUGGCAUGCAGUGGUUGGGAAAGUUUGCAGGUAACAGUCGGUAGAGAACAUCAGCUCUAAUGCUAAUGCCGCUGAACAUUAAUUUCUGUUGUAUUGUUAGAGUUGACCGACUACAAAGGUUCUGUGGUCUGAUGCUCUCAUUUUAUCUUACACGAGCACAUUAGUCAUAAAUGGUCUCUAAAGUUCAGAUAGAUGGACAACUUUGAAUCAUGUUAAUCUUUUGGUAUUGGGCAUGAAUAUGAAAAGAAACUGCUUUCCUUUGCUAUUCUUAAUUAUUGGCAUUUUGUUUUUAUAAAUGCAAAGGGCAGAAGUGCUAUGGAAAACAGGGAAGGGGGAAACUGGGAUAAGAGUCAGAUCCCAUAACUAAUCCCAUUGUAGUUUUCAGAGAAGCUGCAAAGAAGUUGAGUAACGGGUUGAACUCGGUCACCUCCCGGUUCCCCCCACUCCGCUCCUACUCUUGACCUAACCAUACUCUAGGAUAAAACAUUGUUUCUGAUGAGUCUAAACCUGGUUGGCAGGAAAAUGGAUUUUAAGACUUUUUUCGUAUUCUAAGAGAAACCCAACUGUUGCCGGUUUCCCUCAGGUGGUAGCUGGGAAUGCGUGUGAUCCAGGGAUAGAAGGCUCAGAGCUCUGACCCCAGCCUGCUCAGCUGCCACUUGUGAUUUGGGCUGCCUGGUUUGGGUGUAAUGAAAGGACUGAAUAUCUACAUCUUAUUUGAGGGGAAAAAGCCCCAUCAUUCUUGUCGUUGACCAAAUGUGUUGACUCUGAGCAUGGAAUUCUUAUUAAGGGAUUAUUCACGUAAGAUAAACAAAAUGCUCUGACUUGCCUACUGAAGAAAAAUUGAAAAAGCAAACAUUAGUCGUUGAAUGGGAUAGAACAUACACUUCACAAAUAAAAAUGGUAGAAGAUCCACAGUAAAAUUAAGAUACGGCUGUGGGAAGGUGAAUUUUUUUUUUUUUUAAAAAGUAAAACCAAGAAACCUCAAAAGACUAUGGAAAAAAUAAAUCUAAAAGGAAAUAGGAGGGGAAAAGCAGUGCUUUUCUGCUAAUUUGCCCCCUUCUUUCUGUGUUUAAUUUAGUAAAGCAGUCGUAAACCUUGCUAAACAGUCAAAAAAUUAAAUGUUGCUGUAUAAUUUAUGGUGGUUACAGGAUACAUGAGAGUGCACUUUAAUUAGCAAAUUGCAUGUUUAUUUUAUUUGCUUAGCAUAUAAUUUAGAUUGGAUAAAUGCGCUUUGACUGGCUAUGGCACCUUGGUAUCCUCAUUUGGUAUAAUUUUUAAUCACAUUGUUUUGGAGUUUUAUUGCAACAUUAUACAGUUGAUAUAACAGUGCACAAUUAAGUAUGCUCAGUUCACACCUUGCUCUUGAGGAAAUUACUUUUUAUCUGUAUUUGGAUGGAGCACUUUGUAUGGCAAGUGAGAACCUGGGAGUAAUAAAGAAUGCACACUGUGGGCGCUAGAGCUGCAAUCUGAAUAGUAAAUAAUAAGAGUAAUGGUGGUGCCCUGUUAAUGAAAUGUAUUUGGGAGGAAGAUAAACUAAAACACAAACAAACCCUGGAAAUAAGCAAAUGGAAAUUAUUAUUGUAUUUAAUAGUACAUUAGCUGUAUCAUAACCAUGUCUUGAUGUUCCAGCUAAACUGAGGGAGGAUGAGGAUUGUGUAGGUGCUAUACAUAGCCAGAGCGGGGGGAGAUUUACAUCCAGCAGACAUCAAGAGAGGAGGAAGUUGUAGAGAGGGGUAAAUAGGUGAUACAGGAUGUGGGGGAUUAUCAGACAAAACUGUCAUCUCAAUCCUGGGUCCUACUCCUGCUACACCGUGACCCACAUCAGGAUGCAGAGCUGCUUGUGGAGUGGUAGGAGUGUGAGGAGUUACCGAGACAAGACACGCAAAGGCACGGUGUGUGUUCCUGUGGUUCUGAGACUUGAAAAUAUCUCCGCACUUUUUGGUUUGCUUACUAUUGUCUAUUUGAUCGUGCUCAGCGAGAAUCAGUCUGGGGUCUUUUCAUGGGGUUGGGACUCCGGUAGGCUUUGGGUCUGGAGCUCUGCUUUCCCUGAUGUUCACUUGGCUGUUUUAUGUGGUGAUAGGGAUAAAAGAAAGUUGUGUCCGUGUUUUGGGGAAGUUCAGAUUCACCUUGCCAACUGCAUUUAAAUCCUCGCUUUAGGUAGAAGGUCAGCAGUAUGUUGAGAUAUUGUGUAGAUGUUAGUGGAGGAUGUAGUAGGGCUGCAACUUGGAGCUUCCAGAAAGAAAAACAUAAACACUUUUUUCUUUUCUUUUACAGAAAAAUAUUCUCUGAGCAUAUAGACAUUAAUAGAGAAUAUUGUUUUUGCAGCUAAAAUAUGGAAGAAAUACAGAGCACUUAAUUGAGAUCUAGAAUAUAUCUCAGGAGUGGCAUUUUAUGUAGUGGUUGGACUUAAAAAAUUUGGCAGAAAAGCUGUUAUUUUCUCUUACAUUCUAUAGACUUUUUCCACAAGGCCUACCUGAGUGUUACGUGUAUGCCAAUCUGAGAUCCCAAGCUGACUCUGUGUUGGGAAGAUUGAUGCUGGGCCAGAUGAUGCUUUCGGUCACAGGGGUAUAAAUCUGGGGUAACUCCAUUGUCUGGCUUCCACCGAGAGGAAGAUCUGGCCCCUUUCCCUCUCUGCUCUGCCUCUGAGUCGUUGGCCCCGUAAUGUGCCCGUGAUUGACACUGAUCGCUGUGACAGGACCUCGUUGGUGGUACGUACUGCUAGAACACCGGCAUCCCGUACUUGGUUACAGUGUGUUUUGAUAACGUUAUCUGUCAAGUAUGUUCCGUGUGCUGAUUAUGGUUAUUAAAACAUACAGAGAUCAACAGAUACAGCUGCUUAGUCACAGCUGAUGUGAGGAAUCUGAUUUAAUGUAACUUUGACAAUUUGAAACUAUAUCCUCUAGAAAAACACAGGCGAUUAAUCCCUGCUGCAUGCGAGUUAGUUGACUUUGUUUAAAAUAGGAUUAUAUCAGGGUGAUAGAGAGAGACUAGAAUUAAAGCACCUUUUUGAAGAUUGUUGAAAUAUAGAAGAAAAAAAGCCAAGAGGACAGUUUUUCUGUUUUGGUAGUGUGUGUUUUUCUUUUUUUCUUUUUAAUUUUUUUUAACUGCUGUACUGGAGUGUUUAAAUAAUAUUUAUGGGACCUAUCAUUCAGAUGUCACAGUGCUGUAAGAAAAAAUCUGUGGUAUUUAGAGCCAGCGAUGCAGUCCUUUUAAAUAUCUGUAUUGCUCUAUAGAGGCAGGCAGUGCUUCCCAGCAUUCCUUAUGGAACACAGGGAGAAUGGCAUGGACCUCUUGAAUAAUUAAUAUGGUUUUCAGAGCAGUAGUCAUGGAAACCCAGGCGGUGUCACAUAUAUGGAUUUUAGGAAUUAGGCACGUUUUGAAUUGCACAUUUAGCCAAAAAAGAGAAUGCUGUAAGUCUUAAAGAUCAGAAGCAUUUUUUCAGUGACUCUCCUGUUUACAAUGCAAAUACACAUAUAUUAUAUAUUUUUGGAUUUAAGUGAUAUUUGGAUGCUCAAAAAUGUAUGUGGGAGCUGUCUAAAGGGCUGUUAAAGGCACUAACUACCCUAAGUAAUAUUUUAGAUGUCUUACUCUCUUUUUUUUUUUCCCACUUCAUCCCAGACCCCUGAAGAUAUUAGGAUGUAGGUUUUAAAGUGUAUAUCCAAUUGCUAUUCACUUAAAGGACCACAGCUUUACUACUAAGUUGCUAGGCCCUUUCUAUUAGUUCAGUUGUGUGGCUUUUUUAUCUGUCUCAAAAAAUGUCUCUUCAGGAUCAAUAUCGUCAUUACCUUGGGUGUGUAUGUGGAAGAAGUCAACCAGGCAGCAGUGAAAAGCUAUCAUCCAGUCCUCAGUAAUAUUGUACGUGUAAAGAAUAAAAAUACAUGGAAGUUAUUUAUAGACCAUAAACCCUCUGGUUUCAUAAACCAUUUUAUACUAUUAUUUGUCUGCAAAGUCUCUCCUGAGUUCACGGCAUACUCAAAAGCCUCUGUUCUUUAUUUCUGGCUGUUUGAAUUGGGAAAUUAAUUAGGAAUACACUUAACAAUUUAUGAACAUGAAAAAGCCAUUUGGCCCAGUAAGCUUGCUUUCUUUUACCUUUUUUUCAUCCUCAUUUUAUUUUGUUGCUCUCUUUCAAUCUACUCUCUACUAAUAAAAAUAUCAAUCUGUUUCAUAAACUCAUUGAGACUUUGUGGCAAUAAUAUUACUUGGCAGUGUAAUAUGGCAUAUUCAUUACUCUCUAAGCAAAAUGAUUUUUCGUAACAUUUUUUGAUCCAGAUGUCUUAAUUAGAUGCACACUUGCAGCUUUCAUUGAAGUCAGUGAGUUUUAUAGCUGUCACUGGUAGCAGAUACUGGCUCUUUAUUUCCAAAUGUGAAAUGAAGCCCACAGUUUUGUGUUGUUUUUUAUUUAAGCUGGUAAAGAACAGGUUCCCCCCCACUCUGACAUCUCUGUGCUAUAUUUAAAACAUUCCUAAUAUGAAAUGAAAUAUUUCUGUUCAGGCAUUUCAAAGUUAUCUCUUUCCUAGCAAGAAUAAAUUCGAUCACGUUGGCCUGUCUUGACAACAAAUCUUUUAAGUAUCCAAGGUGGCUCAAGGUUUUUAAUGUUGCACCCUCUCUACAAUAAAACCGACUUACCUGCAUGAUCCUUAAAACUAUGGACGAAAUUCCAGUUGUGAAGUAGUUAUUAGAGAAAUCAUCUCACUUUCUAUGAUUUGUAUUGCAGUAUUUUGUUGAUGCAUCUCUGUGUCCUUGUUGCUUUUUCUUUUACUGCAGCCAUAUACAGAACAAAUGGCUUCAGAGAUUUUUCUACACUAAGCUCUAAAUACCUUCCCAGUUGCUCUGAGCACUGCGUGGCUGUUCCUUUUCAUGUGUAUUCCCUCUUUUCUAGCUUACUAUGCUACAACACUCCAAGCUAAGUUGUCCAUCUUUAGACCUUUAAAAAUAUGUACUUUAGGGAUGGAAAUAGUAAUAAAAUCAAGGGGACCAACUCAGAAAGCUGUGUAAAUAUUCACUGUCUGUUGGAACAGUCUCAUAAUUACCCAAACACUUUCAGACUCAACCCCAGAAAUCCCAUGCAGUUGAUAAUCUUCUCAACCGUAGUGUUUUCUGGGAAGAGUCGCGGGGAGUUAAUUAAAAUGCUGAGCGUCCUUCAGACUUCUAGAGUGAUUAGAGAAGUUAAAAGGGAGCAAGAAUGUGGUCCGGGACUGUAACUGCAUGCAAGAUAAUUUACUGAUGAGUCAAACUGACAUUCCCACAAAAGCAUCUUGGGUCACGUAGGAAUUAUAACCAACUGAAGAGCUUGUCUUCUGGGCAUGUUUGGCUCUCCUCUUUUUCUACUGCCUUUCAGGUAGGACUCCAGUGUGUUAGUGUUACAUACAUUUCUUCUUCCAUUGUGAACUGAUACAUUUAUGGUACCGGUACUGUACUAAAGUCAUUCCCACUCAGGGUUGUUACACUUCCCUAGUCAUGGAAGUUAUCUUAAUGAUGACUUUUGCAAAACAAUUGAGUUCUCUCCCAGUUUUAAUGCAGAAUGUUAUUUAGCAGUUGUUUUGUUUCCUUCUCACAGAACUAUACAUAUAUUUUUAUAUACAGAGAUACAAACCCUUAAUGUUAUAGUCUCAAACACUUGAUGCUGCUGUCAUAUCUGCAAGUAAUCUGCAGUACCAUGAUUGCUGUGACCUUUCAGACCACUGAAUGUAAAUCAGAUUCUUACCCUCUGAUGGUCUCUGUGGCAAACUGAAAUUACUCGCAGAUUGUGUUCCAGCAGUGCCUAUCAAGUCAGAUGACAAUGCAAGAAGCGUGUCAUCGUUCUGGUUGCACUGGCGUAUUUCCAACGCGACACCAACUGCAGUGUUUUACAGUGCAAUCUGUGGUUUGUCGAGGGAGGAGUGUGUGCCCCUCUGCUGGCUGUCACAGGCUCGCUCAUAACCAUUGUGUUCUCCCUGACUUCUACCCCCUGUUGAUGGAAAUCCCUAUUCAUGCGCUUAAGCCAUCAAAUCUUUGAAAACAUUAUUGGCUUUGUGGAUUUGGGCUUUUUAGAUUGACAACAACAUCAUGCCAGGUAAUCAGUGGAAGAUACCACAUUCUGCCAAAUUUGCAUCUCUCCAGGAACAUUGUGAGGUCCAGGCAGGUGUUUUAGCACUUGGAAAUUCUAAGUAGGGUCCAGUGCCAGCCCCUGGGAAGAAAGCAGUGCAAAAAGAAGCAAGUGUUGGGUAGUACUGGAAAUUUUCCUAGUGGGCUAUUAAAAUCAUCAUCUCCUGGCAUGAUUUAUGGAAGGAUGUGUGAAAGUUAGGUUCUCUCCUGCAGAAAGCUAAGUGACCACAAUCGUAAGUUUCAUUCAUUGCUAAAGAAAAGCAGUGAUUAGGCUGAGGGAACGAGAGGAUCAAUAAACAUGAUUUCCACAGAAACUGGUAGGUAGAUGAAUGAAAGGCACUAUUUUUUUUUAGUUCACCUAUUGGUGCUUUGCAUGUGACUGUAACAGCAGCAGUCUUAUAAUAUCUCACCUUUGUUAGACCUUUCAGCUUUAUAAUUUGUCAGAUUUUACCAAAAGGUCAAAGAAGGAUGAACGUAUUUGUGCAAGCCGAUCUAGAUUUUGACCUCUAGAGUCUUGGUUCUCAGAGUACUCACAGAGCACGUGGGCAUGAAUUCUUACAAUGGUGUUCACGGCGCUGGGCUUUCUUUGGAAUCCUUCUCUCAGAUGUGCACUGGAGAAAAUCAUUUGGGAGAUUGAUAGUCCAUCCCUUUUCUCUUUCUCUGAAAUUCUACAUUUAAGUGUCUGCAGGAACAUCAAAACUCAACCGACUUAUUUUGGCUUAACAGAAGAAAAAAAUGUGUUUGUUUGGAUAUCUUGGUCUUCAUAGUCUGUUUUCAUCAUCUCUCCAGGAUUGUGUAAAAGGGACAGGUAUGAAGCCAGAUUAAAGAGUCUGAAAGCAUAGUUGAUCUAUCUUUUAAUAUGUUGUCAGUAGAAGAAACUUGUUUGAAUGCUGCAGUGGGCUUUAGAUCUUGGUUUCUUCAGCUCACAGUGGAGAUCAGGUGAACCACUGUACCUCGUAGAGCAAAAGAAACUGAAACCAUGGAUCUUUGCCACAAAUCUACAUGGCACGUGGCCAGUCAAGAGCUGAAAUAGGUUGGUAUUAGCGGCAGGGAAGUCUGAGAAUGCUCUAAUCAUACCUAUCCCAGCAGGGCUCUUGAUGUAAUGACAGGACAAUUGUCUUGACAGACUUGGAAAACUUUCUUCUUUAAACACAUAGAAAAUGGAGGGGGGCUGGAAAGGGGAGGAGGGAGAGGGGAAGACAGAAAAAGCUUUAACUCUGCUGAUGUGGCUUCUUUAAUUUGCUGUCAGUGAUGCCACCGAUGUUAAUUCUGGCAGGGUUAAUUAUGAGAAAUUAAAAAGCUGCUCAGAACAGACUGUACCCUUCGUACUCCAAUAAAGAGGCAGCUCUGGCGUGAGAAAAUUUCUUCAUUAAUAUACAUCCCCAAAGGGCUACUGCAUGCAGCUUUCUGAAUAUGAAUCAUAAACUCCCAGGGAUCCUGCAGGAAGCAGGGGAGAUAGGAUUCAGGGGAGAUUGACUGUGUUACUUUUACUGCUUCAGGAGAAUGACGCUUGGGCUGGCAGGAAAUCACCAUGCCGGUGACAUUUGGAAAGAAGAAUUUAUUAAUUUGCAUGUUGGCAUGUUACAAGCUUUGAAAUGUGGUUUUAAAUACAUUCUGUGCAGACACAGCUGUAUCGAUGUUCGGUUUGUCAGGCUGUAAUAUGUGCAGCUGUUAACAUGGAGCUUAGCGUAAGCAUUGUAAUUGUUUACCAUUUAGUAUUUUGCAAAAGUGGCUUUAGGGCAUGCGUUUAUUACUCAGGAAAAUUUCACUGGCUUGUCACAAACUAGGCACUAUAUACCAUUAACCUAAUACAUUAUACUAAAUGCCAAUGUGUUUAUACCAGAUACAUAGUAGAAAGUAAACCGAGAAGAAUACCACAUACAAAUUCUGCAGCUCUAAAAUAUAAGCUGAGGAAAGAACGUGUCCCAAAACAAUAACCUAUAAUUUAUAUUAGUAUAACUUGGCAAAGCCACAUUACCAAGCAAAUGUGAGUGCAAAUGGAGCUAGAUAAACAUGAAAUACCCCAGUGGUACUAACUUGAAUCAGAAAUAAAGCCCUAUUGUUAAAAAAUUGUGCACUUAGACCAUUUGCAGUGUAACACACUGAUGCUGACAGGGUGUUCCAAAGUGCUUGUGCAAUUUUUGUCUCUUCCCAGGAAAGGUAUUAUGAUGUGUGAGUCAUUACAACAAAGAAAGCAGUUAAAUAAAGUUAACCUAAAGCACAGAGGUCUAAAAGGAGGCCAGAGAAUUAAUUUUUGUAAGAAAACAGGUAUUUUUUUUUUUCCCCUCUAAAAUACAGUGAAGCACCAAUAUACAGCGUGUAACCUUUCAGUGAAGAAUCUCAACAGUUUUCAGAAACAUUAAUUAAUUAACCCUAAUGUAAUAGCAGCUAUAGUCCAUGAGUGUUAUUUUGAAACUUGUAAAUGGUCAUUCAGAGGACUGAUAAAAAUCAAUUGAGAUGGACCUCUAAGAAAAAUGAAACAUUAUUUAUAGCAGUUGAGAGUACUUGGGGACAGCCUCUUAGGAGAAGAAGUUAUUUAAGCAGAUUGCUUUUUCAGGAGGGUUACAUUGUAUUACUGUGCAAUUAGCAGUGUAACUUUUGGCAGGAACAAUCUGGAAUACAAUGUUAGGAUUUGUGGGAAACCUCUGGGCAUCUGCAGUCCCAGUGUGCUGCAAUCUCUAUUUUGCCAGCUCUGUGCAUAGCAAGCGAACCCUGCUUAUCAAUAUUCUAUUUUGCUAAUGGCUUUGUUAACACGGAGCGAGAGGUACAGGUAGACUAAGUGGCACGCACAAGGCAACAUGACACAGUGCUGCUGUGACUGAGGGACAAAGUCUGAAAACCCGGUGGCCAUUUUCUUUGUUCUAACACUAGAAUCCCACUUUCUACCUAUAUAACUAAACAUCUGCUAUCAAAACUAAGGGAAAGAUUAGGUAUGUGCUAUAAAAAUGGCAUUUCCUCUGCCGCUGAAAAAUGAGUUUAACAUUUCCAGGAAUAAAGACCUCCUUUGUUUUCUCGGAUUCUAAUCCCUGUCUCCAAUUUCACCUUAGAAGUGUGUGUCCCUCCCAAACCCUGAAUCCCUGCUGUCACCAGCUGUGCAUUUCUUGGCAGAAACCCACUUAUCAAUGUUAAGGAUGAACUUUGAGGCUCAUUGAAUCAUUCAUUGUAAUCCUCACAUAACAAACAUAACAUUUCAGCAAGAUUUCUAAUUACCUUUUGACUGUUUUUUUCCUAAUGCCCUGUUGCUGUUGGAAUGGCUCUCAUGGCAUACACAGAAAUAACAUUAGACUGUAAAUCUAUCGACUGAAGCAGUGGUAGGAAGAAAAAAAAUGUAGAAGGGGAGAAGGUCAUUUUUAUAAUUAGUGUAAUAUAUCAACAUGCUAGGAAGCUGCAAUGGAAGAAGUUGUUAGAAAUGGCAAUUUGACUGAAAGUUCAUCUGCGAAGCUCUUCUUCCCCUCUUCCUUUCUGUUACCUUACUCUGCAAAGCAACCCUUCUGACAGCUCCUGGUGUCCUGUUCUCAUCAUCUGAACCUGCAACCCAAUACAUGGGCAGGGUCAGCUGCUGCUACCCUCCUGCAGGACUACCGCUUUAAAAUAUUCACAUGGUAGAGGUGGGUGGUGUUCUCAAAGGAGCCCAAACCGCUGCUUCCAAAACCCUGAGGGAAGUAAAGCAGCAGACCAGUGCAGGACUGCGUUAUGCAGUCAUCUUUACUUCCCAUUCAGGUCUGCAUGGAUCAAUUAGCCUUGUUUGUGCCCAGACCUUGCUAAUUGCUGACCAGUGGACACCCAGUAGUUCCCAGCAUGAAAGGGAGGAAUAAGCAGCAUAUGAGAGUCUGAGAUCCAUGGUGAGCGUGGUCAAGAUCUAGUCAGACGAGAUAAGCCUUAUGUACUGAUACACUUAUCACUUGGGAAUCGAUAUACAGGCUUCUGUGAAUGGGAAUGGCUGCCCUAAAACCCUUUCAAAAUCUUUUAAUUUCCAACAGUCUUUCCCAGACAUCAGCAUGUUAUUUAGGCAAAGAUCAUGAAAACUGCUCUGUUUUCAACUGGAUUUUUCAUCUCAAAUGCAGCUCACUCGCAACUUGUUACUGUCUAAAGAGAAUGCUAACACUGCCACAUUUCCUCAUUAGCUUUGCAUAAGACAGACUCCUGUGUCACAGCUGAUGGAGCCUUUAUGAGCCUUUUAGCCAAAUGACUGAUGUUUCCCUCGUUGUGUCAGAUCUGAGGGCACUGCUGGCAUCUUUCUUUAUUCGCUGUCUAACACCAUCAAUCGAGCAGCUGCCAUGCACCCAUGAUCAGGCUGAUUAUUAAAAUGUGCUCAGGAGGCUGCCGACACCAAUUUUCUUUCAUCUGAAGAGGCCAAUAUACACUGGCUCAAGCCGACAGUUAUGUACGUGGAAUAUUUAGUGCAGGAACCAGCAGGUAAGACGGAGGCUGAUUCCUUACAAUCUGGAUCCAGUCCAUUGGGAUUAUCAUUAAGAUGUUAUAGAAACAAUGGUGGUGCUUGUUUUGGUUUGUUUUUUUGUUUGUGGUGGUGGUGUUUUUUUCCCCUCCUCUUCUUUUUUAAAUAGGGAAUUUGUUAUUUUUCUUGGGGAGCACUUUUCUAAAGCAUAGCUCUUCCUCUUAUACCUAGAUGUACCCUGUUGAUGAGGGGUCACAGCCAUUGAAAACCUUAUUAAACUGGAGUCCUAAAAGUCGGCUCUUGUGGGCUUGCUCACCCCUGAGGUUUAUAAUACUAGGUUUGCCCUGUUGUCUCUUCAUUCAUUGAUAUGUCAGUCUCUUUCAAAGGGAGACAACCCUUGCCUUAUUUCUGAUGCUAGUAGUAAACAAAGCCUUCUGCAAACAGUGUAGUUCAGAGCUGUGGACUGACCCAGUGUGGCAGGGGUUGAUCAGGAGCCCAAGCUCACCUGGAGUUUCCAACAGCAAACAAAAUAACCUGGCUGCAUAUUCAGGUGUGCAGCUGGAAACUCUCCUGUUAACCUGCUUCUACUUUGGGGUGUCAGAUCUCAAAUGUCUUCAACUCCAACUAGUGAGUUCAAAUCUUUAUUUCUAAUGCACUUUUCGUUUUGAUAUUUAAGGAUGACCUGUGGAGGUUUGUGUUUGUUUUUAUACAUACAUAUAUAUAUAUAUAUAUAUAUAUAUAUAUUUUUUUUUUUAACCCCAGGGCCAUAUGUUUUUUAAAGGACAAUUUUAAGUUUAAUGGUUAUCAGGUGUAGUUUGUCUUAGUGCAGCAAUGUGGUUGAGUGUGGCUGAAAGGUAUAGCCAAAUAUGCAUGUUAUAUAAAAGUUUUAUACGUAGACUCAUGUACCUAUUGUGAAUAGAGUUUAGGACAAGAAAGAAGCAGGGAAAAACACCUCUUCAGAUGUCUGGACAAACCAGGCUGCAGAGCAAGGCUGUCAUUGACUUUCACUAAGUUCUUGUUGGAAAAAAGGGAGCAGAAGUAUUUCUAUGCUCAAAUGUGGUGGAUCCCCUUGUACUGCACAGUGUUAACCUGCCCAGGCCUCUCUUCCUCUGUGUUGGCUCUUAAAUAGACCAGUAUGUUUCAGAAAUGGUUUCUGCCUUCAUGAGACUGUUCAUUCUUUCCAGUUGCUGCAGUGUUUAAACCCAAACCAUAAGUUGGUUGGAGAGGAAUUAUAGGAGCCAUGCUGCUUUCUAUUUGAGUAAUGUUGUACUGUCUACUCUGGUCCUGCAGGAAAUGCAAAUCUGAGCUUGUCACGCUAUUAAAAUAUACACAUUUUUCCACAAUUCAGUUUUUAUUAAAAACAAAACAAAACUAAAAAAAAAAAGGAAAAGGUAUUAAGCUGCCUGUAUUCCUUGGGGAUGGGGAUCCCUCAUGGACCUCAUGAUAAUCAAAACCACCCUUAAACUCUUAGUACUGCUAAUUAGCUACAUAGCACUGCUGAGCAGUUAACACUUUUAUUGUCUGUCUCAAGUUCACACCGAAGAGGUUAUUCCUCUUGAAAAAGCCUCUUCUUAGGGAGAGACUAGAAAGGACUAGAUAAGAGUGACUGAAUUAUCAAGAUGCUGAGUGUGAAGCCCCAGUUACUUUGAAACUUGUUUUGCCGCUGAUGUACCAGUAGGAGGGUUUGCUGCGAGAGUUGGUGUAGGGACUUGUCAUAAGACAACUGCAGAAAGAAUGGUCUCAAAUCUCCAAACAUCUAUGUAUCUGUGUUGCCUUCCCAACAGUAAUUUUGUAUGACUGAGGGUGCAUGUUUGUGUGCUGGAAGUUCAAAAACUCUGGGCUAGUGCAGUUUUUAAACUCUUAUUCUGUUAAUGCUACAGAAUCAACACGAAUUCUGAUAGCAUGAUAUUCUGUGGCAUUAAGUGAAUACAUUUUUCAUGGCCCACCUGCUAGUGUAACUAAUUAACAGUCAUUCUCAUUAAUUACAUUGAUCAGGAUCAUAAAAUAAUUUCAAAUUGUGGAACAAGAUCAACAGGAGUAAAAUGAUUUCACUUUAAUCCCUUAAUGUUUUUUUUUCAUGAUUAAUCAAACAAAAUAUAUGUAGUUAUUUGAUGCAUUUUUUUUCUGCUUGGAACUGCAACUCAGGGCAAUUACAGUAGACAUAAAGUUGGUGCAAAGAGAACUACAUUUCAUCUGGUAGCUAAUUAAGCAAUAAGGCACAACAGGAUAGGGGAUGUGUGAGUGUUGUGAGAAAAUCACCCCCCUGAGGGUUUAAAAAAAUAAAAGUACACAAGAGGACCUCUGCUCCCCCAGGAAUCUGAUUAUCUUCAUAUAACUGUGUACUUUGCAAUUGUUUUCUUGCUAGGAGGAAGUUCUGUAAGAUUUCAUAUGAAACCAAAUUAGGAUGUGUGUGGGAGAUUGGAGCAAUGGUGACCUGCAGUCUGAGUGUCUGACUGGAGGGCACACCAAAUCAGAUGUCAUUUACAACUCGUACAUACCCAUUCAUGAGCUUUUGUCAAUAAAACCGGUAUCUACUGCCACUUCUUUGGAUAUUGUAUAGAUCUGUCUUUGACAGUUUGUAGCUCUUUUUUGAUGUGAAAACAAAUAUGGCCUUUGUCCACAUUAGCUUCAGACAACUGGUAAACCCUGAACUCAGGCUAUUGAACUGGGUGUUAAAUAUUGGUGAUUAAACUGUAAAGAAGCUUCAGUGUAUGUACAUGCACACAAUAACAUACGAAUCUGAAAAACAUUUACAAUUAUGCUUGUUGUAAUUCAUUGUACUGUUAUUACUCUUCAUUAUCCUAUCUUACUGAGACAUUGAUAGCGUUUUGCACGGUCACAGAGCUAGAGUGGUUUAUAGCCAUACUGAGAUAGCACCAUGUUUCUGUACAUGGUAAUUCAUAGAUAUUGAACGUAUAUAUAUUAAAAGAAAAAGGAUGGCACCAUCCCUGAUAGUUAUGUGCACAUGAGCACAUGCUCUAGCUGCCCUCUGCCAGCACUGUUAGUUCAUUUUCUACAUUAUGCUGUUCAAAUGCAACUUACUGGUCUCCAAUCCUACUGACUUCCCGAUAAAGACUCAAUUAGAUUUAUUUUUUUUUUAUUUAAUCUCAUCAUGACUUACAGAUGUGAACUUAGAGCCGUUUGGCUUCUUCCUACUUUGGCACUUUAAAUAAGUCAGUUGACUGAGUGGUGCUGCUGGGUGGUGGGGAUUGCACUUGGCUUGCUGUGUGUGCCAAGGAGAAAAGGGGUGUGUGAUGGAUGACGUUGUUACUGGACCUGAAUGACCAGGCAAAUUCAGUGAUUUGUUCCUGUGAAAACUUUACCAGGCAAAUGUUUUGUACUUAAGACUUGGAGAUUUUUCCUGAUUUGACAGCUUGAGGUUGGGCUUACUGUGGCUUACCCAGCAACAGAAAUACAAUAGCACAGUCUGUCAUGAUAAUGCUUUCUGUGUGGUCAUAAAGAUCCACAGUAUUUAACCUAGUUUUGCAUGAAAUAACUAGAUUUAGAUCAAUCACAGUCAUUUUGUAGAAGAGAGAGAGAAUAUUAACUUGGUUGUGAAAUGUGAUUAAUUCCAAUUUGCUGUUUUCAAAGAUAAGCGAUGCUCACAAUCCUGUUAAUUAAAAAAUUUAGAGUUUUCCAUUUUACUUCAUGCACUAUUUUUAAUGAAAUAAGUUUGUCUUUGUGCUUCUUAUUAUGACUGAUGCCCAGCUCAACAUGCCACAGGCUUCCUGAAGGAAUAGUGUGUACUUGUUGUGACCCUAUGAAAUGAAGAUAAAUGGUCUCAUGCAAGAUACAUUACGGGCUUUAUGACAUGCAUAAAUAUACAGUAGAUUGUAUCCUUUCCAUAAAAAUGUUCUUAAAUUUCUAAUAUUGUGUUUUAAUGCAGUUUUGUUAACAGGAUGACAAAUAGGAAAAAUAUGGAGAUAUUAAAAUAGGAUCCUAGAUUUGUGUGCUGUUCAUUCAACUGUCAGCAAUUGCUGCUUCUCAAAGAGCAGUCUGACUUUGACCUUGCUAAAUAUUCAUUUAAUGUCUCUACCAUUGCUUGAUUAAGUCAGGCAACUUUCUGUAUGUAGCUGUACUUGGCACGAGUCUGACUGCCAUGUGGAAACACUUUUUUGGUCAAGGUUAGGAAUGAGCAAGACCUUGUUAAAAACCAAACAAGCACAGGAAUUUGGAGAUUUGCGUGAUCGAGAAACACUGGUUUCUUAUGAGAACUACUGGGUUUACAUCUUAUCUUUAGUGCACAGCAGUUGUCAGGCCUGCAUUAUGUAUUAAGAGGAGGAAAUGUCAGUUAUUAACAUAUUGUAAGUGGCCUAGCUAGGAAUACAAAAUGACCUGUAAACUGAAAACCGCAAAAACGGGGAGGGAAAGUAAAACAUAGAUUUACUUCAUAAUUGGCUUUAGUAUUUUUAUUGGAACUCUUUGACAUUUGGAUUUUACAUCCUGCUUAUGCUGCUAGACUCACCUACUAAUAAAACCAAUGAUGACAAAACCAAUAAUGGUCCUUAAAAGUUUUACUGUGCUGUGAGUGUACAUGGGGCGUGUGUGCAGGGUGUUUUCUGUCUGCACCCACACUGCACAGUCAUUACCUCUAAAGCCUGGUUUAUAAACCACUGUUGUUAACAAGCCACACUGUGUUAAAGCAUAAGUCACCCAUUAAUUGACAGGUUGUGGGACAGAUUCUGAAUGGGCAGAAUGUUGUGCAUCAAGUACUCCACAGUAGUCAGUUGAGUCAUGUUAUUUUACACAAGCUUAGUGUCUGAUCCUGUAUCUUAUUUGGAAAAUAAAUCCUAAAGCAAACUGUGUGUUUUUAAAAUGGGAUUGUCUAAUUAUUGUUGUUAUUGAAGAAGGCAACAGGGUGUAGGAAUGUUUAUACCCGUAAAUAUCCAGGUGUUUUGCUCUUUUGGAGUAAGCAGCAGUCAGAGUUGAUAAAUAUCUUGGCUGGAAUUUAGCAACACAAUGAACCUCUGUAUAGAUAUCCCACAUGGUAUCAAUGGAAGCUCCAUUUAAGACCUAAUCGUUGGCCCAUACAAACAGAGGAAAGCUUGGCUAGACAGAUGGAAAGAGCUGUUUUAAGAAGGGAUCAGAAAAGGCAUUGCUACUUGGCUGGCCUAAAUCCACUAAUCUGAUGUUAUUAUUAGCGAUAAGGAGCAGCGACUAGGAUAAAAUCUCAUUCUCUGCAAAUGUCAUUUAAAUAGGACUCUGGUAUUUUCCAGUCAAGUAGACAGGCUUUAGUCAAAUAGUGAGCACUUUAUUUGUAAAUGCAGGAGGAAAAGAAAAGCUUUAGUUCAGCAAGUUCUUAAGAUGUCAGCUUACCAGUAUUGAUUAAUCGUUCAGCAGUGGCAGCUGCUUCUUUAUUAAAAGCGUAGCUCUCCAUACAAAAGAUAUCAGAUGUAGGAAAUGUUUGUUGACAAUUUACCUUUUCUCACAAUGUGGCAAGAGCUCAGUCUGUUACACAUUCCCCUGCUUUCUGGCCCUGCAACUUAGAUAAUACCCGUGAAGGAACGUAUUAGUCCAUCUGCACAAGGUAGAUUGUGGCAGCUGGAUUCUGCUGGAAACGUUGAUCUGUUUGAAACAGACCUGCGGCACCGACUCCCAGCAGGGGAAUUAAUUCAUGGAGAGCCAGCACAGCUUAGGAAAAACCUUUGAUUUGGCUGUAUAUGGAUGUCGUUGGAGUAUAUACAAAAAUACAGCUCGAUUAAGCUAGAGUGAAGAAUGAGAGGAAUGCCUGAAUUUCACACCAUGAGGGAUAUGACAUAAGGUGCAUCGUUGUCUGUUUUUAUUUCGAAUGUUUGAAAGCCUUUGGUUUCACCCACUACUGAAUCAAACAGUUGGUCUAGUAAUUUGUCACACCACACAGACACCUGCAGGUGUGUAUGGACAUGGGGACUUAGGCAGCUGUGCACAGAAAGGUGUUCCAGGAUGAGUAUUUUCUGCUCUCUCUUCAAAUAUGUUUCUUCGUAGACUUAGGACAUGGCUGCUUUUGCUGAAUUUUGAAUGUCUGAUUGUGUGGACUUCGUCUAGGGGAAAAGGCAGGUAAUUAGUUGCAUUUCAGUCUGAAAUGGUUGACCUUUGGAGUCUUCUCCUUUGUUGUUUAGUACAGGGGAAGCCUAUGUGUUCAGUGUGGGCUGCUGCCACCUCAUUUCUUGAGUGUAUUUCUAGAACUACUGAAGUCGAAUCGCACUAUUAACUGAUUGUGUAACAGUGGAAGCUAAUAUUGCAUAGUGUACUAGGAGUGCAAACCAGGCUUAUUCUUUUGCUUAUAUCUUCUUUUCUUGCCAAAUGCAUAGCUGAAGACAGAGUUGCUUUUCCGAGGGAUUAGAAGGGAUCUUGAGUCACAUCAGCAUACAUAAUGUCUCUUCUUAGAAUUCACUAUGAACAAGACCGGAGUGCACUUAAGCGGAAAGAAUGGGAGAGAAGAAACCAGGAAGUCCAGCAAGAUGAAGAUCUCUUUGCUUCAGGUUUUAACCUCUUUGGGGAACCCUACAAGACAAAUAAAGGCGAUGCCCUUGCAAACCGUGUCCAGAACACCUUGGGAAAUUAUGAUGAGAUGAAGGACCUGUUAACCAACCACUCCAACCAGAGCCACCUUGUAGGAAUCCCAAAGAAUUCCAUCCCACAGACACCCAUUGACAAAAAUGAACAGAGCUUUUUCCCAGAACCGAGAAACAGGAUGAUCCCAUCUCAUCAGAUCAGUGGCCACUCGUCGACAUCAAUGCCUCCACCCUCUUCAUUGUCAUCUAAUUCUACUUUGCUACACAGUCACCAGAGCAGCAGGAAGUCGAGGACAGACUGGUCGCGUGGUGGUCACAACUCUAGUGGGGCCCAGCCAAGCCAAUCCAGUAGUCAGCAGAGUCGGACAAAGCACAGCUCUUCUCACGACCAGCCACAGGGCAGGUAUGAAGACCUUUAUAAUUGUCAGAGUGAGCAGCAUAAAAGUGGAGGAACUGAGGAAGCCAGUUCAAUGGCAGCAUCUUCCCAUUCAAGGAGGCACACUCAUUCCAAGUCAGCAGCUGGAGAACAUACGUACAAAGAAAACAGUCAUUCGAAGUCACCCACAGAGCUUGAGUUUGCAGGUCAUGGUUCUGGAUCUCCACUUCCUUCCACUUCUUUGUUAUCUGCAAACAACAGUCUUUCGACCCAGAAUUUCCCCCCAGGACUUCACUGUAAGAACAGCAUGGUCCAGCAAAAGCCUACAGCAUAUGUCAGGCCUAUGGAUGGCCAGGACCAGGUACCCAAUGACUCACCUGAACUGAAACCUCCCAUAGAGAUUGAGAGUGGAUAUGGAAAUCAGUCCUUUGGAACACUGCUGGAAGGAAAAGUGAACACACCUAGUACGAAGAACAAAGUACCAAAGCUCAACAUUCCUCCUGUUAGUGAAGUUACCCUUCCCAAUGAUUCCAGCUGUGUGGAAGAAAUAUUACGGGAGAUGACCCAUUCCUGGCCUCCUCCUCUUACUGCUAUUCACACUCCUGGCAAGGCUGAGCAGACCAAGUUUUCUAUCCCAAGCAAGGACUCCCAACAUCUGACCUCAGGAUACAAUGUACAAAAGUGGAGUGAUCCAACAGGGAAAGUUGCAACCAAGUCAGUGCCACAAAAGUCAAUGCUUGAGGAUGAUCUGAAACUCAGCAGUGAUGAAGAUGAUAAUGAACAGGCUGCUGAAAAGACAAAAUUGAGAAACAUUCCUGUAAACAGCCUGCCGGUGCCGGCGGCACAUGCAACCGGCUUGGCCCAUUCCAGCGGUGGCUCCGGGAGCUCCAGCGAGUCCGAGAGCAGCUCCGAGUCCGACUCUGACAGCGAGAGCAGCUCCAGCGACAGCGAGUGCAACGAGGAGUCGCGCAGUGCCACGCCAGAGCCUGAACCUCCCUCAGCAAACAAAUGGCAGCUGGAUAAAUGGCUAAAUAAAGUGAACCCCCACAACAAGACCAUCAUCAACAAUCAAAAUGAGCCUCACAGCGAGACCGGCUCCCAGGCCCAGAGCAACCAGCAGGCUGAAGGGCAAAACAAAGGGAAGCUCAACAGCAGCCUGCCCCCGACCGAUUCCAAAGACCGGGCGAUCCUCAGUCCUAUCCGAGAGAAAGCCAAACCGCGGGUUGCCCAGAAAACCCCAGAGUCAAAAAGCUCCAAGCAGAAGUCACCAGCUCAUAAUGAGCCAACUUCACAAAGGACUACUUGGAAAAAACAACCCAAAAAGGUAGAAAGGACUUCCAGUGUAGAAGAGUAUAACUGGCCCAAACCAAAUAAUACCAGCAACACUCCCAAAGAAAAAGACACACAGGAACCCCCCGAGCAGCCAAAGGUUCGAACUAAAGCAGCAGUUGGGAAGACUGCUCCAAGGAAAGAACCACGAACUAGCACAGGUCUCACUUCAGAGAAGAAAAAGUACAGAGGCCCCAGCAAAAUUGUCCCUAAGUCCCGGGAAUUCAUUGAAACGGACUCAUCUACUUCUGACUCCAAUACAGACCAGGAGGAGAGCCUGCAGGCCAAGGUGUUGCCAGCUUGCAGUGGGCCUGCCGGUGGCGUCAAAGCGAAGGACUCUGGCAGUAACAUCCUCAGCGUAAGUAGUUUAACUAGCAACAGCAGCAACACAUCCAGCGACCAGACCAGCAAUGACUUGGAGGAGCAGCUCUUUUCUCCUAUCCCAAUUGUACAAAAUGAACUUCUGUCCCCACUGAGAGAAUAUGAAGAACUCAAAUCUCUUUGGGUGAAAAUAGACCUUAGUUUACUCUCUAGGAUACCCGGACAAGAGCCUUUUGAGACCACAUCUGUAAAAAGUGAACCAAGAGAGGCAAAUGUGAAACACAGGCGACCAUCUCGAGAGUCCCCUACCCCUGCAGCUGAAAAACCAUCCACAAAAUCCAAAAGGAAACACAAGCAGCCAGAAAGCCUGGAUACCUUUGUUGAAAGCAAGAAGCAGCGCCUGGAGGAUCCUUCAGCAUCAUGCCUGCUCCCACCCUGUAUCUCUCCGAUACCGAAUCACAGAUUAACCAGCACUAAAGAGAGCAGCAGUAGCUCAGUGAAGAAGGUGGCAAAGAAAAGAGAAGAGAAGCUGUUCCCUCCUCCAUUAUCCCCCCUCUUGGACGAGCAUGUGCACCAGCGGCACAGCAGUGACAACAGCUCCUUCAGCCAAGAGACCAACAUCACAAACACCUCUCAGACCAGCAGCUCUUCCUCCUCUGUUUCUAAACACAGAAAGAAUGAAAAUAAACCCUCUUCUAACCCCAAAGGAAUCUGUGAGGAAGAAUCUCACAAUACACCAACAGCCAACACUCUUCUUGACACCAGCCAUCUAGAAACAGACAUCUGGUCUGCAAUGCCAACGCUUUCCAAUGGGAAUUCUGAGCCCAGAAGACCCAAAAUAACAUUUGAUGAUAUGCUUCACAAUGCAGAUUAUUACAUGCAAGAGGCUAAGAAGCUAAAGCAUAAAGCAGAUGCAUUGCUGGAGAAGUUCGGCAAAGCAGUGAAUUAUGCUGAUGCUGCCCUCUCCUUCAUCGAGUGUGGGAAUGCUAUGGAGCGAGAUCCAUUAGAAGCUAAAUCUCCAUACACCAUGUACUCAGAGACUGUGGAACUCAUCAGGUAUGCAAUGAGACUCAAGAAUUUCACAGGCUCUUCUGCCACAGAAGGGGACAAGAAAUUAGCAGUUUUAUGCUACCGAUGCUUAUCACUUCUCUACUUGAGAAUGUUUAAACUAAAGAAGGACCAUGCUAUGAAGUACUCCAGAUCUCUGAUGGAAUAUUUUAAGGGUUGUACAAGGUGCUACACAGACGUGAAAGGCAGAAUGAGUAAGCAGAACUCUUCAAAAGCCUCACAGGCCCCCUCACCUUGGGGCGGCAAUGGAAAGAGCACAGAAACACCAUCGCCCAUGUCCCUGAGCCCGUCUCCCGUCAACUCUGCUGGAAGCAGCGCGGGCACCGCCAGCUCCUCCUCGGCGGGGACCAUCACCAUCCCUCAGCGCAUCCACCACAUGGCUGCCAGCCACGUCAACAUCACCAACAACGUCCUGCGGAGCUACGAGCACUGGGACAUGGCUGACAAGCUGACUAAGGAGAACAAAGAAUUCUUUGUAGACCUGGACUCAGUGAUGGGACCCUUAACACAACACAGCAGUAUGACCAAUCUGGUUCGUUAUGUUCGCCAAGGACUCCACUGGCUCCGCAUUGAGGCUCAUUUGUUGUAGUGACUGCUGCCCUGUUCAUAACAUCCCCAUUCUUCUACCUCUACCAGCGCAGAGACGAUCACUGGUGGAACUCCACUCAUUUCUGGAAGUUUAUUCAUGUAACUUCAUUUUUAUUGCCUUUUUUAAUAUCCUAUCUGUUGGAAGUAGAAGUCACCCUAAAUGGAACUUUUGACUCAAGAGCAGUAUGUGUUGUACCAUCUAAUCAUUUUCAACAAUUUUCUAUGCCUUGUGUCUCCUGGAUCCUGCCAUCCUUUUGUGCUUUAUGGAACGGUACAUUCCCUGCAGUAUUGUUUUAAGUCCAUGCUGCCUUCAAGUGAAAACAAAAAAGCACUUUGAGAAGAUAUGGAUUCCUGAGAAGUAGUACAAAGCGUCUUAAAUAUUUGAGGGUAUAUAUGAGAAAUCCCUUCUGAAAUAAAUUAGUAGAAGUUAUAGCUAUUCAUUCAAAAUCAUCUUCUGAACCUGACCCAAGCUUUUUGAUGCUUAAUUCUGGCAUCAUUACCUGACACUGUACAUUCCUAAGAUUUCAUACUUCCUAUAGGCUUAAUCUCUAAAAGAGAACAUUGAAUAUCUUACAGGUACAUUAUGUAAGAUCACCAAAGGUGUUAAGAGGUAAAAAGUUGAAGGAAUUGCCUCAUUAAAGAAUGAUGACACACUAUGCAGUGAGGUUUUGAUAUUCCAUUCUUCCUGUUUAUUGUUGGCUUAAUAAUUUCAGUAGGCAGCAGAAUUUAUUGCAGUUUUUAGGCAAUUUCAAAAUAUUAGCUUUCAUAGUCUUAUCUAUCAUUCCUAUACUAAAUCUGUGAAUUUUCUUUCAGUUGUACUCAUCCAAGAUUUUUCUUCAUAGAACAAUCUCUCUUUGCAUAGUGACUCAGUGAAAGCAGAUUUUAACAGGACCGCUGCACUCUAAGCAUUGAUAUUGUAUGUAAAAGUCCAUUAAUAAGUGUAUGCAGAUUCUUCAUGAAACUCUCUAGAAGUUUAACUAACCAGCUACUGUUGAAACAUUAUAAUUCCAUGUGGCAUCAAUUUUCACCUGUUUUGUUCAUUUCAGAGCGUUAGAAACGUGCAGUAUUAUCUUGCUAUCUUGCAAACAAUGUCAAAUUAAAUAAAAUCACCAGAUUUACCCAAAAGCAAUAUAAUAUUUGUUUAAUAAUGGCCAUGAAUACUUCGGUCAGUUUACCUGUUUACCAAGGUCUGCAUCUGUUUGCCCAUGCUGUCAUGUUUUGGACCAUUUCUCUAAUGCGUGAAUAAUAAUGAGACAAUGCAGAUAGACUUUCAAAGCAAUUGUGAAUAAAUUACACCAUUUCACAUUUGCUCUUUCCUCUUCUUUUUUUCCCCUGUUAUAAACUGCACUGCGCUUCUGGUGCCACUGCAAGAAGCGCUGGUGCAUGAAACAAAACAAAAUGAAUUUAUAUCAAUAAUUCACAAGACUUUAAAUGGUCUCAUCUCAUUCUUGAUGUAACGCCUGCACACCUUACUGAACUGUAAAUUCAAUUUCUAUAAACAGAAAAUACUCAUAGCAAUGUAAAUAUUAUUCUGUCUCAUCUCAUUGAAAUAACACAAUAUGUGUAUUAAAUGCCAUCCAGAUAUUAGUUAAUUGCAAUUACCUUCUGCUAUAUAAUCCUGUAUAUCCUUUAAUCUGGUGAGUUAUUGGAUUCUACUCACUGGGUUGUAACCAGAUAAAUAGGACAAAUUUGCAUUUAAAAGGUUCAGACUGUUAUGAUUUUUAGAGCAGGCCUUGGAUAUUUGCAAUAAGAACAGUUUAAGGACUCUGCCCAGUGCACAUUUAAGACAAACCUUACUGUAGCUGUUGUAUAUUAGCUCCCUGUGGUACUACCUUUUCUUAAAAGUCAAUGAUUUCUAAUAUUUUGUUCCAUGAGACUGUAUUGUAAAUGUAGCCAAGGUGCUUCAUCAGAGAAAUCAUCCAGUUUAGUGUUGUCUGCAAAGGGCAUUUGCAGGACAUGCACACCCUGUGUUAUCUGCACAUUCCUGCUCCUGAAGUGGUCGAUACACCCUUAUCUGUUCUCCAAGGGUUGGGGUAAUGUGGCUGAAACAUGAACCUGACUGCAGUGGUCACCCUGAUUCUGGCCCCGGUAGCUAAUUAAUAAAAUCACAGCAGUGAGAACUAUUCAGAAAUGUAGAUGAAAGGUGGUUGUUGGUUUGUUUGUUUAUUUGUUUUAAAGAAAAAGGAAACAAAACACUUGAAAUAUUUUAUUUUUUAAGAGGGUGAGUACUUGAGAUGAAGUAGCGUUGGGGUGGUUUUGUCAUAAGCCAGAGUUUUCCAUUCUUUUUGCAAGAUCUCACUAACGAAAUUCAGUAACUAUUUAGUCUAAUUAAGUGCAUUGUCGUCACUUGUUCCUUUAAAGUAGACUGAAAUCCUAGACUUCCCAACAUUUAGAUAUGGAUAGAUAUGAUAUGUCUUGAAAUACAAUCUUCAGACACAAGACUAUUCACUAGCUGCAGUCAAUCAGUGAAGACAAAGUGUUACCUUUUGCCUGUAGCUUGCAGUAAACAGACUAUCUCUAAAUUUACCCUGUGUUCAAAAUCUUUUCCUUAAACAGCUUAAGGAAUUAGCCCACCUGAUUUCGUAUCCUGUGACUUAGUUUGAAAUGUAUGCGGAAUCAAUGGCGUGAUUAUAGUAAGUCCAGCAGUCAAGUCUAGGAUCACAAGCCAACUUACUAUUUAGCAGUCUUGUUUCAAAAGCGGCUUAGAAACGAAUUAAAUAUGGAGAGUGAAUUACCGUCUUAUCCCUGGGGAUGAUGCUUCUUUUGGGUUAGUUAUUAAGGAUUAUUGCACUUUUACAGGCACUAUACUCGUCUCAUUUCAAAUGCCAACAUGUCAUCUUUGUGGAAUCAUUUUACCCCUUAAAAUAUACUUCCAGCGGAGUUAAUCAGAUGAGAUUGUUUGUUUCAGUCCAUGGGGAAGCAUCGUGUGUUUGCUUGGGCAUUUGCUAUGUCUGCUCUUAACGCUGCCUGCUUCAGGCACUCAAAGUCAUGAACAAGCACCAAAAAUUACAAGAUUGGCUUCAAAUCAUGGGUUGUUUGUUUCUUUGUUUUGGUUUUGGCUUUUUGGUUUUUGUUUGGUUGGUUUGGGGUGUUUUUUUGCUUUAGAUUUGUGUGUGUGUGUGUGUGUGUGUGUGUGUUGGUUGGUUGGUUGGUUGGUUGGGUUGGGUUGGGUUUUCAUAAUAAACUUUUUUGGUUCUUAUAUUGCCUUCUGGAUACUGAGCUUGAUUUCAUGACACAUUUUCAGGCAUUUUUCAAGGAUGCCAAGGGACAGAAAUGACACAUAUGUUUUUAAUAGUGAUAAACGGGGACAGUGAUGUAAUCUCGCGAUUUCUGCAGCUGGGAUUUCAGAAGGACACCAAGCUUCAUAUAAAAUUGCCAGAGCUGACAAGGCUGUCAUUUGUGUCCUAUGCUUCAGGAUGUUUGGAGCAAUAUCAAUAGUUCAGCAGUGAGGGGAGCAUGCAAGUGAAGGGCUAAAUGCAAGCUCCAUCGGUACAAGAUCCAAGGGCAGCAAAGUCCUAAGUGCUCAAGCGAGGCAUUUGCAUAGCACUUAACCUCCACGUCAGGAGCUGCAGCAGGUCUCAAGUGAAGUAUUUGACAGUGUGCAGGCAGAAUAUUCUGCUCUGCGUGCAGUGAGUAUCUGUGGCCAUAGGAUGCCUGUUGGCUCUUUGAGAGCAGCAAUCACAGGGAAAGCUGGGGAUGAUGUUUCCCACGUGGACCAUGUUCUCCCAGACCAUGGUCAGUGGUCUCAGCUGGGCUCUUUGGUUCCUUUCAAAGGAUGAAUCACUCUUCCCAUAUUUAGCAAACAGUGUAAACAGUUCAUGCUGAGUUUGGAUAGCCAGGUUGGGUCCAGUAUGUGUGCUUUUUAUUUUAUUUCAUGUUUAUUUUUUUAGUCAUUCUGGUUUAGCUUACAGCCUUUUUGUUGAUAGUGUUGGUGGCAACUUUCACAGCUUGCUUCUUAUAGCUUAAUGGCGCCUUUUUUUAUAUGGUCUUUGAAAUUUUUGUCAUUUCAAUAGUCUCUGUGUGAAUAUAUUGUCUCAUUUAAAAAUUGCAUCCUUUGAAACAUAGGGAUGGGUCUGUUGAUGUCAAUGUGGGGGCUUUUUUGGAAAAAAGAUGGAGAUCUUCAUUCCUCUUAAAGAAACAAGAUCUGAGAAAUUGAAUCUAGACCUUAAUAUCUAUGCUUUUUUAAUGUCACAGAUUUUAUUAUGUUCUUCCAUUAUAACAGGUUAGAUAAAUUGACAAGUUUUUAGCUACUUUGGAAGAAAUGUUUUCAUUGUAUUUUUAUCAGUACUUAAUGCUGUCUAAAUCAAAUUAUUAGUUUUGUGAGUACGACUUCAGAGAUGAUAGCAAAAAUGGGGCUGGUGAGCAUUCUGACUUGGGUAUUAAUACACUUUUUUGCUUUGAGUUCAGGAGAAACUCCACUACAUACAGUAUUGAAGCAAGCACACACACGUGUGUGUGUGUGUGUACACAUACAUAUGGAUUUGGAUGUGGAUUUGCAACAGAAAUUCCUUGCUUAUUACUUUGUAGCACAGGAAAAAAGAUGCAAUAGAUGUAAAGACACUGACUUGACCUCACCAGUGUGCGCUGAGAGAGAGGCAAAGGGGAUGAAGAUGAGAAACCAGUCCACUGUCCUUAUGACAUCUUCCAGAUUUACUUUGCUUACUAUUUUAUAAAUACAAAUAAAACAACUCUUGUUAAUGUUGGGAGGGCUCAAUUCCUCUAUUUCUGUUACUCCUCCCGGUCUUCCAUCGUACAACCGGUCACUAUACACAGCAAUGCAUGUAGGCACUCUGUGUGUUGUCUAAUGAGAUAUAGAUAUAUAUCUCACUAGAUAUAGUGACAUAUUUUAGAUAUAUCACUUGAUAUUUUGUAGCCUUUAUGUAUAGACCGUAAGCUCAGUUAGGCUCUGUAUCAUUAUUGAAACCUCUCUGCUGCUGAAUGCAAAAUGUUCCUGCCUGACUUACAGAGCAGCCGUCUUCUCCGCAGCGUUCUUGUCAGACCUGCCUUUCUGAGGGGCUUGGUGACUUUACUUUAGCCAUUCUGUUUCAAAAACGUUUUGCUAUUUCUUUUGUCUUCCAAGAUCCGUGAUUCUGAUCAUCUCACGCCAGUUUAAACCCGUGGUGAUAGCCGUUGAAGUCAGAAGAGGUUGAGUUUAGAUCUCAUGGACAGCCAGGGGGAUCUCGUGGCUCCACCGGUAGAAAUGAGAGCAAAUUCAGGUACAGAUAAGUUGCUGCAUAAAACUGGUGUCAGAUGAGAAUCAAACCUGGCCACAUCAGGAGGCACUGCAACAGAAAUACUGUAAAGAUCAGCUGUGCCUAGAACCACAGGAUAUGUAGCAACAUCUCAGGCAGCUUAUUGAUGCUGUAAUCACAUUAGGUAACGGUAAAUACAUCAAGAGUGGCUUAAAGAAACUGGGGCAAGUUGGUGUGGUCUGGCAUUAUGAAUAUAACCUGUUUGUGCCUCUUGGGAAAGGGAAUUCAUUACUACCGAUAUGUCCUGCAAAAUAACACCUAUACCAUGGUAUCCUACAAAGUCCAAAUAUGGCACAGUCCCAUCUAAUUCCUUAAUCCACCUUAGGGUGCCACCACGUGUCACAAAGAGCUAAUGCUUGUCACUGCCCUGCAGUCACCAUAGAGUUAAACCAUUUUCCACUUACAACUCCAGCAAGGACCAAGCCCAGGGACCCAGCAGCCAGCUCAAGUAGCGAUGUGUGUCCUAGGUGCUUUGGAGAGGCUGCAGAAAAGAUCUGACCUUGCUGUGGAGCCACACAGAGCUCCUGGAGCCCCCAGCCUGCUCAGGGUGUUGGAUUACUACAGGUCUACACAGUGUGAAUCCCCAUGUAGCCCUGGCCACAGUAUUGCUGUGCAGGGGACAUGGUGGGGGACCAGUGCUGUGGCCAAUAGGGCUGAGUGACCCCAGCCCCACCGCCUGGGUGCAGCAGAGCUGUGGCUCUGUGUUGCCUUUAGGUCUUGGUCCUCUGCUGCUGCAGGUGGGACUUGGAUUUGAGCACUCAUUUUUACUUGCGCUGCAUCUGGAAACACCAAACGAGUUGACAGAAGCGGUGCGUGCAGUGACAUCGUAAAACUAAGGCAAUAUUCACUGCCUGCAGAAUUGCAAUUUGAAUUGUAGUCUCCACAGGACUGCUCGUCGUUACUGGACGCUAGCUGCGUCCUGCUGAAUGGCCAGUGGUAAAAGCCAUGUGAGGGGAUGAUGCAGCUGUUUGAGACUUGUUUUCGUCUUUGAUUGUAACUGAGUUCUAUGCAAGUCCUGUAAGCUCUCUGUGCUGGAUGUAUUUACUCACGUUUGUAUGAGCGUCACCCUGUUGUAAUUCCAUUGCAAAACUCAUCAAGUAGAGAUAGCCUUAAUUUCUACUCAGUUACUUCCUUCUCUGAAUUAGAAGGAAAGUCAGAUUCUGAAGUGAAUUGACUUGUUUUAAUGGAUAACAGUAACUACAAUGGACCAAACUUGGAACUAAGCAAAUGUAAACUUGCCUCAGCUUGUGGAAUUUGUGGGACCAAAUUCUGCUGUCGUAUGGCAAUCAUGCAAGUCUUACAGAGCUUGCUGAGCGCUGUUUAUCACAGGAGAAGCUGGUUAACAAAAAUGCCAUAGCAUUACCAGAGUUAAGUUUAUUGGGCCAGAACUUCAGUUGCAUUAACCCAAUUAAUUCAAUGGAAUUACACUUUUUUUUUGUUCUGGCUGAGUACUCACCCCGCUGAAAUUAGUUCAAGAUCCCUGGACUAGUGCUGGAAUAACUGCAAGCAGACUUGCUCCUCAACCAGACCGUAUGUUGGCUCAGCCCUUGCUCAGGGAAACCACCAUUGACUUCAGUGACAAAUGACGUGGAGUUACGGACUUGAAGAAGCUUUGACCACUGGCAGGAGGCAUUUACCCUUGAAUUUAUGAAUGAAUAGUGGAUAGCAACAUACGUGCUUUGUUUAUGACAAAGGUAGAGCACAAGUUCCUCAACUGGUGUAAACUGGUAUAAGUACUGAUUUCAGUGGAGUUAAUCAAAUAUGUACACACUGAGGAGCAAACCCUUUAACCCCAGACUAAUUUUUGCCAAUAUAUCUCUAUGCAGAUAAACUCCCAAAGCUUUUAUCAUUAUGCCUUUUUUUACUGAUCAUGCCAAUGAAAUGAUUAAUGUACCAUAACCGUUGCCUGUAAGGAAAUAUUGUAAUCUGCAAAGUUAUGCCAUAUAGAGCACAUCAUAAAACAGCUUUAGACCACACAGUCUGGAGAAGCAUUAUCAGGAACUAGACUAACGGAGCAGCUUUUUAUCUGAUGUCAAUUACACUUCCACUCUGCACUUCCAUCACUGCGAUUUUUACAUAUGGAGUGAAUGAUGGCUGGAUGUUUCUGAUGACUGUGGGCCAAAGCUUCAGCUGAUGUGCCUCUAAGUAGCUCCAUAGAUGUCAGUGCUGAUUUACACCAGCUGAAAAACUAGUCCUCUCCCUUUUCACACUGUGCUGUGUGCCCUAAUGCAGCUUUAUAAAUACAUACUGAAGCAGAGCAGAUAUUGAACUGUUCUGAUUCAGCACCAGAUAAUCCCUGCUAAAAAGAACUGGAGGGUAAUUUCUGCCUACCAUCUAGGCUUGCAUAUGUUCUGGUUUUAACUAAAAGGCAUGUUGCAAUUUCAUUAUCUCUGAGUUUAAAUAUUUACUGGCAUCAGCAUUAGCUUGCAUAGAAAAAUGGCAAAUAAAUUCAAACUAGUCAUAAAUGCUCUCAGUCUAGAGGUGGAAUCUGUUACUUUAGUUAACAGACAUUGCAGCAGGCUAAAGUGGUUUUUCCUGAGCCAAAUGGGUUUUCUACAUUUAAAAGUCAUGGCAAAUAUUUAUGUAGGGCCAAUUCUGCUCUUCUUCCCCUGAGCAUCCUAAUGAGCAGGUUACUCCACUGAUGUCCACAGGUGUAACUGUGUAAAUUCGUGCUCAGUGCACAGAUUACAGAAUCAGGCACUGAAGAUGUUAGGUUGAUGCAAUCAGGAGUUUAAUUUUAGCCAUAUGUAUCAUUUGAUGACACUUAAGAAUUAUGUAUAUUUUAUCCAAACUGACAGUCCUUGUAAUUCCAUAAAAUAUUGUAUAAUUUAUUCCUGCCUGUAUUUUUGACAUCUCUGGAUUGCAUAUCUUCUACUGCAUCUCAAACGCUGUUAUUUUAAAACCCACAUUCAAAACAUCUAGGACGUAUCAUCACAGAGUAUGAAAACAAGUCAAAAGGCCUGGUUAUUUUUGGCUUUGGUUUUGAGCUCCCCUUUGCUUUGUGUUCUGUCCGUGGCUGUAGUACUCCUGGUAUUUUAAAAAAGGCUCAAUUCAAGUUGUUUCCUGUCUUCUGGAAGGAAAAAUACAGCUAAGGUUCAGGAAAAGUAAUCCUGGCAAACUCAGUGGAUGGUUGCUCCUUCUGGUUGUCUUGGUUUUUCAACGUAGCCACGUUGGGAGCAGUCUGGUAUGUGCGUUCUCUUGCCAACCAUUUCUUGCUGUUGUGGCGAAUUCUAUUUUAUCCUUUUUUCCUUUUAUUUUUCUUUUGUGUGUUUAUGUGUGUGUGUGCACGCAUGUGCAAUUAACCAAAAUAUCAGGAAAAAUUAUAUAUGCUUUCUUCUAGUUCCUGGAAAUAGAGCAACGUUAUGACCUUACGGUCUUCCAGCAAAAAUUAGAUUUAAUUUCUGCAUUGCAGUGCAACUUAAUUAGCUAUUGGAAUUAGAUUAUGGUUUACUGAAUGACCCUUUACGUUCUUACUUUUUAUUUGCUAUUGAAGUAGCCUUUUUUUCUCAUGUGUGCAAAUAUCAUAUGAAUAAUCAUUGCAAUUCCACACGGUGUCUUUGUUCUGAACAAGCAUGUUAUUCUUGUAAAGUUUUAAGUAUAAGUUAAGAUGUUUUGUACAGACCAAGGUAACUGUUAAAAUGUCAAGCAAUUACUGAAAUGUUGUAUAGUUAUAAAAGUUUGAUUUCUUUUGCUUUAUAUGUAUAAAAUUGUAUCUUGCCUGUUUUGCUUUGUAUUUCCAACGUGUUGCACAAUUAUGCAUUUUGUUUACAUUUGUUCCUUCUUCCGAAAAAAAAAGAAA